AGAAAUCUUAAAUAUAAAACCCAAAGAAGAGCAUGACAGCUCUUCUGAGGAGCCUGCUGGCUGCCUCAGAGAAAGCUGCCUGCAUUGCCCAGCUAUGUCGCCAAGAGGAGACGCUCUUCAGCCUGCUCAUCGAGGAGAAGAGAGGUGCAGACAAGAAUAAGAAGUUCUUGCAGGACUUUAAGACAUUGGCAGACGUGCUAAUCCAAGAAGUCAUCAAACAUGACGUGGGAAAAGAGUUUCCAGAACUACAAGAUCACAUUUGUGGCGAGGAGUCCAACAAAUUUGAAAAUGGCCUUGGUGAGAUUGUAGUGGUGCGGGUUUGCCCCACCCAACAGGAAACUGCUGCCCUGCUGCAGAAAGUCCUGGAUCGGAAACAGAUGGCAGCUGAAUUGUUGGCAUCUGCGGUUCAUCAGGAAAUAGUGCUUUCAGACCCAGCACUGGACAAUGUGGAUGUGACCAUCUCCACAGAGAGCUUGGCUGUAUGGAUUGACCCCAUAGAUUCCACUAAUCAGUACAUUCGUGGGUGUGGCAGUGUGAUGCCUGUGAAUGGCAUCUAUCCAUCUGGACUUCACUCAGCGCUUGUGCUGAUAGGAGUAUACAAUCGUCAUUCGGGAGAGCCUGUCCUUGGCAUCAUCAAUGAGCCUUUCUUUCAGGAGGAGCUGGCAACACACAGGUGGCAGAGCAAAUACCACUGGGGCAUUUCCUAUGGAAGCACCAAGCUAAGCUCGCUGAGCCAACCCCGGCACCAGCCUUCCCCCUGCGUGGUGCUGAGCAGCAAUGAGACCACUGUGUUGCAGAAAGCGCUGGCCCCUCUAUACGGUGAGAGGCUCUGCUUUGCUUCGGGUGCUGGCUACAAGAUGCUGUGUGUCGCCCUGGGCCUUGCCGAUGCUUACGUGCUUUCCGAAGGCAGCACCUUCAAGUGGGACUCGUGUGGGCCCCACGCCAUUCUGCGAGCCCUCGGUGGAGGCAUCAUCGAUCUUUCAGCAGCCCUGAAGGUUUGGCGUGCUGGGCAACACAAGAAUUUGCCUGAACUGACCUAUAACAAGCCCAUAGAGGGCGCUGUGGGUGCUGAGCGCUGGGCAAAUCAAGGAGGGCUUAUAGCCUACGUCUGCCACAAGCAUCUCGAGGCUGUGAUGGUCACACUAGCAAAUGCGACAGAUACUUUCUAAAACACAGCCCCAUCAGUACAAAUUAGUGGGAGCAUUUGCCUGUGUAUGAGGGGAAGAAGAAGGCAGUCUCUAAGUGAGGAAGGAUAAGGUUCUUAAUUUUUUAAAAUGGGCCAAUCAAAUGUUCAGGGCGGCAGUAUGACAGCCUAGGAUAAGAAUGCUAGAAAUGUCAUGCUUUUUGACCUCCUGCUUUUCCAUGCCGGAUGCAUCUAUAAAAUUUUCACUUCUCAUGCUGGGUGCGCAGUAGGGAAAGUAUUUCUUUAAUUGUUCUUGGUGUAUCAUUUUUCUUCUGUGGGUAAUGUGUAUCAUCAAUACGUAUCGGGACCAUUGAAUAAUCCCUGUUUAGGUACCCUUUGUGUUUAGUAUGGGGUACAGCUCAAGAUUUCUUGCUGCUGUUUUCUGGAUAAGCACAAUUUUUGCAAGGCACAGACCAGAAGCCUUGAUGGUGCAGUGGUUAAAGUGCAAUAUUGCAGGCAAACUCUGCCCAUAGCUUGGAGUUCAGUCCUGAUGGGGCUUAAGAUUGACUCAGCCUUCCAUCCUUCCAGAUUGUUGGGGUCAAUAUGCAAAUAAUGCUUCUACAUUGUAAACUGCCCAGAGAGUGAUGUAAAGCAUGUAAAGUAUGUAAGCCUAAAUGCUGUUGUUAUUAAAUAGCAGCUAAGCAAACAUAGCUUGAGCUGUAAGGUCUCUGGGAUUUAUGAUCCUGCUUCGUGUUAAGAAGCAGAGUUUAUUGGAUCGCUUUUAACACUGUGAGGAGUCGCUACAGCUAACUUUAUUUUACCUAAGGGCAUUUUCCCUUAGAGGAAACUCUGAGUAUUUUAGUUCUCUGGAAGGGGACCUGGGAUGGGAUCUCUUAAUAGGGAGGGUCUGGGGAAAAAGUCAUAGCAUAUGAAUAUAAAUAAAUAGCAGUGAACGUAUACUACAGUUUGGGAAAUUUACUCCCAGGCCACUAUACUAUGAAUUUAUAAUCUACCUUUUGCAAUCAGAUGUGAUGGAAAUUCUUUCACACUAAUCAAAGCAAUUACCUGAGGGUCUUAUACUAUAUAUAUUUGUUAAAUAUAUAUUUUUAACAAACAUGCUUUAAAAAUAAAAUAUAUAGUAAGUAUUCCUUCAGAGAAGAACGGAAGGAGGCAAGACAGUGUUCAGUUUUGCCAUCCAUACUUCCUUGGCAUCUAACUCACUCUUAUAAACAAAAACCAUAAACUGUUAAAUUCAGGUAUUGGGAUUAUAUUCAUUAAAUGAAAGUUAAAUUAUAGAUUUAAUGUAGAUAAUUAUUUAAAGAUAGAAAUGGACUAUGAAUCAUCAUUACAAUGUGUUGAUUUUGUAAAGUAUAUUUUCGCUUUUUAUAAAGAACUUGUGAUUUUUUAAAAAAUAGUAAUUGUAUCUAAGAUCGAAAUUGUACAGACCAUUCUCAGAACUUUUUUCCAGAUUUUUAUCUGGUAUAUUAGGUAGCAUAAUAUUAUAGUAAACAAUUUUUGAAAAUAUUAAGUAUUAGCUUAGUUGCUAUUAUUCUACUAUGGUAAUUAAUUUAAAAUUGGUUAUUUUAGGAUAGCCAUUAUUAUAUAGGCAUUGGCAAAAUACUCCAUUAGCUGAGCUGCUUUUUUAAUAAUAAUAAUUAAUAAACAGUAUAUAACCAGAGGAAAAAUAGUCUAGUUAUCCUCACAACUAUGCCUGCCGUCAUCAAUGCACCUUUAUGACUCAACUUAAGAAUGACAUCACACUGGCCAUGAUUUAAACAUGGUUUGUCCAAGAAAUUGAAAUAAUACAAAAACAGUUUGUGUCCCAGAAAGAAUUGGUGCAGAAUAUUGGUGAGGCUGCAGGUGUAAGAAGCAGUUCUCACAGAAUGAAAGAGAAAUCUCACAUCCCGACUCUAUAUUAUUUAAACGACAGACGACAGAUAGAAACUGGGCCUCCUGCUGAAAAGGAGCCGCAGUACAUCAGUUGAUUGAAGGUAGUGGAGGACAAUCAAGAUAAAUCAGUGAGUAUUGGGGCUGGUUUAGGGGAAAAAAACAGCAAUUGCCAAAUUUAUUUUGUAAUGACAUUACUGUUUCUUGUACAAUAAACUAAUUUAACUGCA